AAGAACUACUCUUUUAAAUACACAAAUCUCAUUCUAACUAUGAAGUUCACCAUCGCUACCUUUGCUGCCCUUGCUCUCGGUUCCCAGUUGGCUCAGGCCAUGUGCGACUGUGCUGCCACCGACAACGCUUGUUUGACUGCCUGUGUUGAAAGCACCAACAGCUGUGUUACUGCCUGUGGAAGUGACACCACCUGCUACUUGGCAUGCAUCAACGGUUCCUGGCCCGGAUCUACCGGUACUGCCUCUGUUAACCAGGGUACUACCACUGCUGCCAACACCCCUACUCCCACCAAGGAGCCCACCUCUUCCACAAAGGCACCCACCUCUUCCGGUGCUGUGACUAGCGACUCCGAGUCUGCCACCAAGUCUGCCACCAGAACAGUUUCUGCAUCCGAGUCAGAGUCAGCAUCUGCAUCUGCAUCCAAGCCUGCAUCCUCUGCUGUCGAGUCUGCUGUUGAGUCUUCUGUCUCUUCUGCCGUUGAGUCUGCCGUUGAGUCUGCUGUCGAGUCCGUCGUUCCCUCUGCUGUCUCCUCUGCUGUCGUACCCGCUGUC